AGAGAAUAAAUUUUCCAUGCAAAGAUUUGCUUUGGCUGAAGAUCAGAGAGCACUGCUUUCUUUCUAUAUUUCUGCAAAACCUCACUUGGUUAUAGUUUGCAGGGCAGCUAAAAGGAUUCACGAUGAGACGUGUGCUGAUCAGAAGCAUCGUUGGCCCAAGACUUUUCAUAGUCUCUUUGGCACUGAGCUUUGCUUUUAUCACUGCUUUGUUCUUCGGGACGGAGCAGUUAUUUCAUAAGUUGGGAGGUGGAGGGGAAGCUGGCAUUAAAAGGCUUGUCUUUUCCGAGAAAAAUAGGACUGCCUUUGGCCGGAAGCUACUACAGUCACCUGAUGAAGGUGACAUGAAUCGCAUUGGACCAAGUUGCUCAAAGGAGGACAUAGUAAUAUUUCAAGGGCAAACAGAACCACUUCCUAAUGGGAUACCAUCCUACACGGUUCAGAUCCUAAACGCAUGCGUUUCAGGGUGUAGCAUCUCCAACAUUCAUGUGAGCUGUGGAUGGUUUAGCUCAGCAAGGAUGGUAAACCCUCAAGUAUUCAAAAGAAUGUACUACGAUGACUGCCUUGUUAAUGAUGGGGAAGCUCUUGCCCCUGGUCAAAGCCUUUCUUUCCAGUAUGCCAAUAGCUUCCGCUAUCCUCUCUCUGUUUCUUCUGCUGAUUGUGGCUGCUGAUCAUAUGUGUAUAUAUAUAUAUAUAUAUUGAUAUAUAUCUGGCUACUACCUCUGUCUAUUAUAAGUUCAUGUUAUGUAAUCAUCAUGCAUAAAAUAAAUAAGAAACAGAGUGUUUUCUUUUCUCUCUCA